CUUGCACUGCCACAAACCAUUAAACUUGUUUUCCACUAAUCAAAAAGAAAGAAUUCAAAAUGGCAGUUGUGGACUGUGAGCUGGAGAAGGAAUUGAAACAAUUCGAUGAAACAAAAGCUGGUGUCAAAGGCCUGGUAGACGCUGGGGUGACCAAGCUCCCAAGAAUGUUCAGACACCCUCCAGAGACCCUACCUUCCCCCAACCAAAACAAUGGCGUUGACUCCAACCUCCAAGUUCCUGUCAUUGAUCUCAAGGAUGUCGACAUCUGCGACAGGCGAAAAGAGAUCAUCAACGACCUUCGAAAAGCAGCUGAAGAAUGGGGUUUCUUUCAGAUUGUGAAUCAUGGAAUUCCAAUUGCUGUCAUGGAUGAGGUGCUCAAAGGUGUUCGAGGUUUUCAUGAGCUUCCCCAGGAGGCCAAGGAGGAGUGGUAUUCGCGCGAUUUUAAGAAGAAGGUCAACUUCUUCAGCAAUGGAGAAUUGAAAGUUUCGACCCCGGCUGAUUGGAGAGACACCUUGUCAUGCAAGGUCCUAGAAGAUGAAUGUAACUUUGAAGCCAUCCCCGAAGUUUGCAGAGAGCAGAUACGCGAGUAUAUGAAAUACAUCGUUAAAGUGCAAGAGAAGCUAUCCAAAUUAUUUUCGGAAGCUUUAGGGCUGGACAGUGAUUACCUUGAGAACCUAAGGUGCUUCAAAUCGAGGUCACUGGCAUGCCACUAUUACCCGGUUUGCCCCGAUCCCCAUUUGACUCUAGGCGGUACCAGGCACUCCGACCUCGGCUUCCUCACCUUGCUCCUCCAAGACAGCAGCGGCCUGCAAGUUCUUCAUGACAAUGUUUGGAUCGACGUGCCCCCAGUUGAGGGAGCUUUGCUUACCAACCUUGCCGACAUGUUGCAGAUUGUUACUAAUGGCAAGUUCAAGAGUGUAGAGCACAGAGUUUUGAUGCCAGCGACCCUCGAGCCUCGUACAUCAAUUGCAUGUUUUGUUGGUACCGACGACCUUCAGAAACCAUUUGGCCCGAUAAAGGAGCUUAUUUCCGAAGACAAUCCGGAAAUUUACAAAGAAGUUCUAUUUGGAGAAUACAUGAACCGCUACAAACUAUAGGUUUUAAGGGAUAAGAUGGUAAUUUCGUGCUUCCUUAUUUCCGAGCUGAAAUGAGGCUUAUGGUUAUAUGUUACUGUUUGGUUGUGUUCUCUGGUAAUAAUGUAAUUCUACUUUUCUGAAGAAUUUGUGUAUGAUAUGAUGAUCUGUUGAUCAUGUCCUCUCAGUUAUAAUAAAUGAA